CUCCGGAGAGCGGGCGAGCUGCUGCAAGCCAGCUUUCGAAGCACCGCAGCAACGCCAAGGACUUUUCUUCUCUGCAGCAGGUGGGAGCCCGCUCAGCGCCUGGGCAGCUACAGGAAGCCCCAACACCCAAAGCCAAGAUGUCCAGCAAGAGAGCCAAGGCCAAGACCACCAAGAAGAGGCCCCAGAGGGCUACGUCCAAUGUCUUCGCUAUGUUUGACCAGUCCCAGAUCCAGGAGUUUAAGGAGGCCUUCAACAUGAUUGAUCAGAACCGUGAUGGCUUCAUUGACAAGGAGGACCUACAUGACAUGCUGGCCUCCCUGGGGAAGAACCCCACGGAUGAGUACCUGGAGGGUAUGAUGAACGAGGCCCCCGGGCCUAUCAACUUCACCAUGUUCCUCACUAUGUUUGGGGAGAAGCUGAAUGGCACAGACCCCGAGGACGUGAUCCGCAAUGCCUUUGCCUGCUUUGAUGAGGAAGCCUCAGGGUUCAUCCACGAGGACCACCUUCGGGAGCUGCUCACCACCAUGGGCGACCGAUUCACGGAUGAGGAGGUGGACGAGAUGUACCGCGAGGCGCCCAUUGAUAAGAAGGGCAACUUCAACUAUGUGGAGUUCACUCGCAUCCUCAAGCACGGCGCCAAGGACAAAGACGACUAGGCUCUUCUUAGCUGUCCCAAUGCCUACACCCCAUCCCAGUCACCUCCCCAACACAUACACUCUACCCUCCCCAUGAGGAGUUAGGGUCCCGGCUCCCAGGGCAGGAAAUGAGCCAUUAAGACACACAGGGUGAGGCAGGGGUUCCACCAUGGACCCAGGCACUAGAAGGAAGGGCCACAGUGGGGAGGUGAGCCAAGGGUGGGGCCAGCUAGCACCAAGGUGAAGGAAGCCACUGAAGAUGGCCACCCUCAGCCAUGCCCUCCCAUUCCAGGGCUACCCUGAGGAAGAAAGCACCCAUGUUCUGGUGUUGGACACUAAUUCCCAGCAUCCCCACAAAGGUACACACCCAUUCACCAUGUCCCUUCAGAGGAUGACAGUCUGCACUUACACCUAUGGAGUUGUCCCAGCACACCCAGAAUGCAUAGAGGGACACUGCCUGAGGGAGAGAUUCUCUAAUACAAGGCUGAGCACC